GUCUCCGCUCGGGGCCGAGCUUUGCAGCAGGUCAGGUGGGGGCGGGGCUUGCUGCUGGGCGGGGCCUGCUGCAGCCCCCAGCCAGGAUUCGGGUUCCCGGCCCAGGGUGCCUGCGUCCCCCAUGGGGCUGUGCUUCCCGUGUCCCGCGGAGUCCGCACCGCCAUCCCCGAGCCCGGAAGAGAAAAGAGCAAAGCUGGCAGAGGCAGCAGAAAGAAGGCAAAAGGAGGCGGCAUCUCGGGGAAUUUUGGAUAUCCAGUCGGUGGAGGCAAAGAAAAAGAAGAAAGAACAAUUAGAAAAGCAGAUGGAAACAUCAGGGCCACCAGCAGGGGGACUUAGAUGGACAGUGUCAUGAAGCAUAUUCUACCUGGGGGAGAAUCCUGCCACCAACUCCAGCAUCUGCCGUCGAUGGGUUUCAGCUGAUGCCUCCUCUUUACAAAGAGUCAGACUGUAUCAUUAGUGCCCUUUAGUGUGAUCCUAAAACUAAAUAUACUAAAUAUACAAAGAUAUUGGUAAUAUUUUUAUUUCCAAACUUACUAAAUAGCCCACUUUUCAUUCUAUUCAACUUUGCCUACAUCUAUUUUCUCUUUCGUAGGAAGUAACUUUGCAGUUUUUGUAGUUAAAAUAUGGAUCCAAAAGGUAUACAUGCAUGGCGUGUCGUGGUCCUACGUAUAUCCCCAGUGUUGAGUAUGCUCCCAUACCUCUGCUUUAUAGGUAGCCCUGCUCCCUAGAGUCAUGUGGUACAGCCUGCGGUCUCUCUCUCACUAGACAGGAAGACUUCAGCUCCCAGACUUAGUGCCUUUAAGCUGAUUGAUCAUCAGGGAAAAUCCUGAAGAUGCAUUUGAAGGACUUCAGGCAAAGGAAGUUUUAUUUUUAUAACCCACUAAGAAAUGAAUAUUCGUAGGCAAAUGUUGACUGUCUGCUAAUUUAUUUUCUGUACCUAAGGCAUAUCACAUUAAACAUGUCAGGAGGACGUCAGCUCAGUGACCUGCUGAUGUGUCCUACUAGACGCAUGAAAGUCUGUGUAGUGAAGGGAUGAGGCCAACCGUGAAUGAGGUUGGAGAUGAUGAGGGAUACUUUAUCUCUCCAAAUUUCCCAAGCAUUUUUAUUCUUCUGUAUUUAUUUAGAAUCAUUGUAAGAUCUAUACAGACAUGGUGUUACCAAUAAAAGUAUGAAAGAGAAA